UUUGGUCUGUGUGUGUGCGUGUGUAUGUGUGCAUUCAAGGAUACCAGAGAGUGUUUCAAGACAAGGUUUCAUUUUUUCAUCCCUUAAGGUUUUAAACAGGUAAUAAGAAAAUACAAUGGAUAUCAAGAUCCCUUGAUGAAUGGUGUUGACGAAGAUGUUUGAAAAGUCAAAGGAGAGAAUGGUUUUCUUUUGCUGGACUUUCCUGGCGGUACGAUGGCGAUGCCGUAAUUUCUACACGGAGUGUCUGAGGUUUUAAGCGUGUACUACCGUGGGGAUCUGGACUGUAUGGGGCGCCAUGGCAGUGAUCAUUGAGUACACUGACAUGCUGGGGGUCAAACACCUGGGUCUGCAGAACAUGCCCUUCCCAGACCUGGUCAAGUACUGCGUCCUGGGCGUCUCUGGGCUGCUACUGCUGCUGGCCCUCGGCAUCUUCCUGUGGCAGAUCUUCAGAUGCUGCACACAGAACAACGCCACGCAAGAUACAAGUGAUGACUACUGGGAAUCACACACAGUUGCCAGCUUCUUGCAGGGGCCGAGCGCUUUGAAUGGAGGGCCGGGCCGGAGGAGGACUCUGAAUCCUCCCCCCACCCUGAAAGGGGGCGCCACCAGGGAGCUGGGAGAGCCCAGCGAGGACAAGCAGGUCAGCGGGUCACUGCGCUUCUCCCUGUUCUACGAGCCGCUGCCGUCCCGCCUGGUGGUCACCAUCCUGCAGGCGGAGGGGCUACAGAGGCGGAGCCAGGCCCACAGACCACACCCCUUCGUCAGGCUGAGGCUGAUGUGGGAGGAGCCGGAGAACCAGGAGCAGAAGAGCUCACUGAUGAAUGAGAAGGGUGAGGGCGAGCAGCCCGCUCUGUGCUCUGCGCUGCAGGAGUGGCACACGCGCGUCGUGAGGGACAGCUGCAGCCCUCUGUUCGGAGAGCAGUUCAGCUGUGCCCUGCUGCGGCAGCACGACCUCCCUCGCGUCACGCUCCGCAUGGAGGUUAAAGACUUUGAUGGCUUCUCUCGACACAUGGUCUUGGGAGAGGUGAGGGUUCCCUUGAGACAUCUGGACAUGUCCUAUCCUUUGGAACUACGAGAGCCUCUGCAGACCCCACAGAAGGACCCAGUGGGACAGGUUCUGCUCUCCUUGAGGUUCCUUCCUGCUGCCCAGAGGUUAGAGGUCGGAGUGCUCAAGAUCAGAACGCUGCAGACGGACUCAGAUUCUGCCCUGCAUGCCCGGAUCAGUGUGCGGUGCGACCAGUCCAAGCUACGCCAGCAGAGGACUACUGCUGUCCACCAGGGCCAGGUGACGGUGUUCAAUCAGGUCCUCAUGUUCUCCCUACUGGAGUUCCCGCCACAAGAGUGCAGCAUUGCGCUAUCCGUAUACAAGACGGGCGGUAACAGGAGACACAAGCAUCUGGUGGGUCAGCUGACCGUAGCGAAGCAAAGGAGAGCAGAGGACCUUCACUGGACCUUGAUGAUGCAGUCCGUACGCCAGCCAAUAGCAAUGUGGCAUCAGCUGCUGACCUAA